GUGAUGCUCCUCUAGCAGAAGCAAUUCACUAUGACGCUUGACGCGUUAGCCCGACCAUGGAUCACUGGGGCGACCCUUGGGCAGAUAAUCAUGCCGACCACCAAAAAUCGCCCAUCAAGUUCGCGAUUCCCUCACCUCAGCAGCCUCCACAUGCGUCUGCCCCCGUGCUCGUAAAUGCUUGUCUCGACGAUGCAGGAUGGGGAAACGAAGAAGAAAGUUUUGGCGACUGGACUACGCCCCCUGCAAUCGAUGCUUCUGCCGCGCCCCAUGUAGAGCCGCACACGUCUCAUCCCAGUCCUGUGCGAGACGGACAGGUUGUUGACGACGCCCCACGCUGGCAUGUGGAGGAGAGGAAAGAGAGCGCUAUCGAGGACAGCGAAGCCACAUGGGCAGAGCAAAGUGGACAUGCUCCAAGCCCGAACAACGGCAUUUCGGACACGUCAGAAACACCAACCACAAUCCAGGCAGACACCAAACCAGAACGAGACACAAGAGACACUCCGGCUCGAUCGCAGCCCGAAGACAGCGCCUCUGCGCGACCAUCGACAUCCCAAUCCGAGACUAGCCGCCACGAAGCGCCAGUCGAAUCCUCUCGCACGUCUCUCGAAGAGGAGCGAAGCGUUGAAAAGGACACUAGGCAGAACGAGGAAGAGCCUGAAACUGUUCACAAGGAAAAAAGCGAAGAGGAAGUUGGCAGCUCAAGCUCGGAGAGCGACGGCACUGAGAAUGAGUUUGGGACUUCCACAGCGGACACAAUCUUGACAGAAGGCGCCCAAAGCCAGAGCGAUGCUGUUGAAGAAAUUACUGGAGACGUGAAGGAAGACACGCACGAGCAUGCUGCAGUGUUGACUGGGCCGACGACAGAAUCUCCGCCCACCACCGCCUCUCCUAGCUAUGGGUACCAGGUUGAUCCAGCUCUGUUCGAUGAACUUUUUCCACCACAAAAAGUCGACACGGACCUGGGUGAUGCCCCCGAGGAUCCAGUAUAUUCAACCUCGGGGCGCAAAGCCUGGUACAGGCUCACACGCAAACAGACUAUGAGAGAGUUCAAUAGUGGAAAUGGCGACGACAACUACAUCCGAGUUACAUGGGUAGGCUCCCAAGUCAGGGCUGGGGUUCACAAAACGAUAGCAAGAUGGGCGCGUGAAGACCGUCUUUCAGGUACAGGUGCCGGUGCCAGGGCUUCGUUCUACUGGGACACCCCAGCACCAGUAGAACCCAGGACAGUCAAGGGUCACCAGCGUACCAAGACGUCAAUCCCGACUCAGCGCAUAGCCGCUCCAAUGCGACAGAGCCUUCCGUCUGUGGCUACAAAUACAGCAGCUGCGUUCAAUUGGAGCUCUCCAGUCUCAACGCUGGACCCGUGGAAACAAGACAGCCCGGCUCUGUACUCUGUACCCCCGCCUGCCGCACCGAAGCCCAUCACACCAGACAAUGAGCAAAAACAGGAGCACCGUGCGGUUUCGAUCGAUCUGACACGUGGUGUUGGAGAAGCUCAAGGGCGAACGUCGACGACUUCCCUUGAAACGCCGGUUGUCGCAAGAAUAAUUGCACCUCCCCUUCCGACGACAACGUCAGCAGACGCGCUGGACGACUUCAGCGUUCUUGACACCAACACUGUCGUCCCAGAACAACGCGCAGAUGUACCAGAUGACGAUGACGACGACUGGGGGGACAUGAUAUCGAGUGCUGAUGUACCUGCACCUAUCCCAGCCUUUCCCAUCUCUGUACCAACGCCGCGUGACGACGUUGCGCAGACUCUGACAUCGGCCCCUGAGACGCUACCAGAUCAAGAUCCCUCAACCGACGCAAUGCACACCGCUACUAUCGUUCGCCUGAAGAGUACCAUCUCGCCAACUUCUGCUAUAUUUGGACGGAAGAGCUUUGUCCCACUAGGUGUAGAACAAGGCCCCAUUGGCCCCGGAAUUCUGAAGCCGGCUAAGCGACGUGUCACUUCUACGCCCGAGAAGCCCGAGAAGCCCAAGAGCGAGGCGCCACCCAAGCCAUCGCCAGACGUCAUCCCUUUUGACGUGCAAGACGACGUGCAAGACAGCGUGCUCCCAGUAAGCGACGCAAGCGACGUAAGCGACGUAAGCGAUGUAAACGAUGUAGAACAGGCUUCCAAGGUUGAGAUUAACGAGCCUGAGCCUGUGGUAAAUCACGCAGUCGACCAAGACUUUUCCGUGUUCGAGUCGAGUACUUUGGAACCAGAACCCGCCACGCCCAAGACGCCACCUCGAGCUCCGACUAUACAAUCUGCGCCUGUCGUAGAUGCCUGGGCGGAUGCAGACUUUUCCUUCUUCGAGUCAGCACCACUACCACCAACAACUACUACAACAACAACGACGACAACGACACCGACAACCACGACAACGCGUAGUGUGCAUUUGCAGCCAAACGACGCAUCAGAUCCAUUUUCCGUCUUCCAAACCCCCCCGCGUUCAACCAGCUCUGCGUCUUCGGCAAAGACAUUUGCCCGCUCGUCCCCGCCGCGCAAUAUCACGCCUCCAGCUACCCAGCCUCUGACGGGCGCCACAAACUCUGCGCAGCGCCGCAAAAACGAACAAGACCGCAUCAUCAGGGAUAUCCUUGGCGCGUUACCCGAUUUGAAUUACAUGUUGCUGCGAUGA